CAGGCAGCGCCUGGCCCCGCAGCACGCCGCGGUGAUUCAGCCCGGAGCCCGCCCCGGGGGAUGCUGCGAUCCCCGGGGCUGUGGGCGACAGGGGGACACACCACGGGCUGUCCCGGCGGGCUCCCGGCAGCUGCAGGGGGGCGCUGGAGAUGAUGCCCCAGCGCCGCGGUGCCUCGGCAGGGCCGGGCCACGGCACCGGGGCAGGCUCAGGGCGGCCCCGCCGUGCCCGCGGCUGCUGUCCUGCCCCGGAGCGGGGUGACACUGCUUUAGACAAUCCGAACCGGUGAGACCGGGAGAGGCCGGCCCUGCCCUGAGCCGGCCGCGGCAGCGGCACCCGCGCCCGCCCGCUCCCCGCGGUUUCGGCAAACCCAGGGCCCGUCCUGUCCCGGCGGCACAAAGCAGUCCCGGCAUCACGCCCAGCACCGCCCGGGCCCGCGUUGCGACAGCCCCGGCAGCGGGCGGCUCUCCCCACAGCAGCGCCCCUCGGACCGCUGGGCUGCGGAGGGCGCGCACCCAAGCGCACCCCAAGCGCAGCGUGGGGUGCCCCGAUGAGGGGGGUGCUGGGCUGGGUGCCCUGUAGGGCUGGCCCCUAAAGCAGAGCUGCACACAAGAGCGGGGACGGGACAAGGCGGUGGCGGCUGCCGUGGGCGGAGGACUGCGCCUCCUCAGGGGACCUGUCACCGGGCUGGGAGGCGACAGGACACUUAUGGGACCGUACGGGAUGGACAGAACCGUGCACUGCUUUGACUUCUACGAGUGUGCAAACGGGCUGGGCAUUAAGGUCAUCGGUGGCAUCAAGGAGCUCACUGGAGAGGAGUAUGGGGUUUAUGUCAAGAGGAUCCUCCCGGGGGGUGUCGCUCACGCUGACGGUCGCCUGCAACCAGGAGACCAGAUCCUGGAGGUCAAUGGAGAUUCCCUAAUUGGGGUUACAAGCGAGAGGGCCGUGGACAUCCUGCGGACGGCGUCGGCCACCAGCCACAUGCGCCUCCUGAUAGCCCGCGACGACGACGCCAGGAGGGAGUUCUCUGAGCUGCUGGAGAAGUUCGGCUCCCAGAGCAACACAGGCUCGGCGCGGAGCUCGCCAGUCCUGCACGGUGGCAGUCGGUACCUGGAGAGCACCUCCUCGGGCUCGUCCUCACGCUCGCAGAGCCCGCUGCUGCUGAGCCCCGCCAACCCCCACGGCCCCUUCCUCGGGACCCUGGCGCACCCUCCGCACGCACACUACUCCGUUGACUCAGGAAUCCAGAGCAUUUCUGUAGCAAACUCCUCUGGCUUGGGGCUGACAAUCAGUGGGGGAUCCAACAGGCCCGACGGGCCCAUGGUUUAUGUCCAGGAGCUUUUGCCAGAUGGGGACUGUUACAAGGAUGGUCGGCUCCGACCUGGAGACCAACUCAUCGCUAUCAACAGAGAUUCUCUGGUGGGCAGCACACAUGAGGAGGCCAGAAAAAUAAUUGAAAAAGCCAAAUUCAGGCACGAGGGAAGCACAGAAGUGGCCUUUAUCCCUGGGAGGGGACGGUUACACCCCGGACUGUCAGCUCACAACAACAUCCCAUCCCCACCUCCAAAGGCCGUGGGGAACGGCCUGAGCUCCUGCAGGCUGAAGGUCCACGUCAGGUCCCCAGAGAAUAGACGUGAAAAUCCUUUUCCUGUGCCUUCGUUGUCACCGGACAUUUGUCCACCAGAGCUUACGGUCUCAGCACCUGCUUCAGCUUCUAACUACAAAGCAGCUUCAGGCACCAAACCUAAGGUAGCACUGGACCCCCAUAUCCGGCUCAAAGAUGGAAAACUGGAACUGGUUCUGCAGUAUCUUGGUCUGGAUGUGACCGAGGAGAAGAAGAGGCAGCUCCGGCAGAGCCUGACCACGGACGCGCAGGGGACUGUGGCCUAUGGAGAUGUCCUGCAAGCACUCAGGGAUCUGCUGCAGGAGGAGCUGGACGAGGCUGGUCUGGCUUCGGGCUCCGUGCUCUUCACUCAGCACGAAGUGGCCAAUUUGCUGGAUACAUCGGCCUUCCACUCCCCGACCUUUGACUCUCUCAGCUGCAACGGCAACGAGGACCUGGAGCAGCUGCAGCUGGAGAUGAGGGAUCUGCGGCACGAAGUCCGCAGGCUGAAGUCUCUCCUGAGAGAAGUGGAGACCAGCAAGAAAUUGAUGGAGGACGAGCUUCAGAGGCUGAACCAAAAGGCGCUGGGGUUCCUGUCGGAGAACCGGACCCUGCACAGCAAGCUGCAGAUGGCCGAGGUGGUGCAGAGACAGGCACACAGCGCCGAGCAGGACUACGAGGAGGUGAUCCACCUGCUGGAGGCUGAAAUUGCAGAACUGAAGAUGCAGCUGGCAGGGAAAAAAGCAAAGCACGUCUCUGAAAUAGAGGAGGACAUCCUGGAGCUGAAGAGGCAGCUGUCCCUGGCUGAUAGCCAGCUCCGAAAAUCCGAAGUCUCACGGAAGCGCCUGGAGAUCUGCAAUAGGAAACUGCUCCUGUUCGUGCAGAACAUUCACAAGGUCCUGAGCACACACAGUCAUUUACCAGAUGAGAAAAGCGUCAACCAUGAAACAGAAGAGGAUAAAACAGAUGCAGUCUCAGACACAUCUCUUCCAUCUUCAGAUCUUGUUGACCUUUUGCUAUCAGAAGCUAAAGAACUGUUAGCGCCAAUCCUCUCCAACAAGGACGCUCUGCCAUGGGACAGGGACCCGUGCCUGCCUGCGGAAGGAAUCCCAAAUUACAAGGACCACCUUCAUCAGAAGACCACGUGGCCCCCUCCUGCAGGCCAGACCAAGAGUGACCAACCACAGCCACCAAGCCCAACAGAACUGCCUAAGAAGCUGACAUAAAUAUCCCAUGGCUUGGAGGUGCACCCAACCACGGCCGUCCAUCCCAGGGGAGAGGGGAAAGACACCCCCCAGGCACCUCAGCUUCCAGGCCAAGCAGACUGAGAACAAGCUUUCUGACACAAGACUAAUUCUUCCUAACUAUCCAAGACUUUUUCAGCAACCUCCCCCUGCGUGUCUACCUCUGAGUUAUCAUACAAGGCUUUUUGCUCACGGUUUUGCAGCUUUAUAGGAAAAAUAUUCUCAAGAGGCUACAGAGGCCUGGAUUUCAGUGGCAGCCUUUUAGAGCUUGUAUUCUGGGUAGCAUGAAUGUACCUGAGGGACUCAGGGGUCUCCAACAGAUCCCUUUUGGUAUUUCAGAUGAAAAACCAAAGUCUAUUUAGUGACUGUAAUCAAAGCAGCUUAAUCCGUAGUGUACUAGCUGUCUUGGGAUAGGUAUUCUCUUUUUAUUCUUUUUGUAUAGCUUAUCCCAGCUGCAGUGCUUGAGGUGGGAAGCAGCACCUCAGGCAGUUGUUGGCCAGAGUGCAGACAGGCAGCGGGGUGCUGCGGUCACAGCGCGGACACCGAGCCCUCCCUGGAACGCGGGGCGGGACGUGGUGGGCAUAGUGAACAUAGCUCAGUAAAGGUCCCUGGUGUCACUGGGAAAUGAGAUCCACAUGAUGCAAGACUGAGACAGCAAUGAAUGGGGAUCAGAUCUGAGAUGGGCAGAGGUCUGGAAAAUAAAAUGGAAACACUCCUCACAAGGGGUUUGCUCUCUGGGUUCUGAUUGCAGCUGCUGCGUUCAGCGUCUCACAGACAAAGACACAGCCUGAGACCAUUUUUCCUCCCUCUUAUUUUGGCAGCUCCUGGGGAGAUGCAUUGAGAAGUUGCAGGAAAAUGGGGUACAAUCUGGCUUUUACAAAUAAUUUGUUAAGAUUACUUCAAAUCUUCUUUGUGGGGGUUCAAAGCAUGUGGAUCCUUUAUUGUCUAAAUUAAAGGCUUAGGAAAAAUCAUGACCCUCACCAGUAUCUCCUGCACUCGAGGUAUACUGUACUGUUAAACCAGCAACUGUGUGGUGAACUAUACCACAUAAAUAACCAGUCUGAAA